AUGGAGAGCGUUCGUCUGCUCAUCUUGUACUUGGCAGUGCCGAGUCUUCUGUUCUCUGCUCUUCAGCAGCUUCUAUCCUGGAGGAAGAAAAGCAAGGCGUCCAAAGCUGGCCUUCCUGGGCCCAAGCAGUUCCCUGUCAUCGGGCGAGUUCAUGACUUGGACCGAUUCUGCAUGUGGAAAAAAUUCAAGGAGUGGGCCGACAAACAUGGACCAAUCUACCGAACAAGCAUGCUGGGCCAGCAGUUCAUCAUCAUCUCAGACGAGCACAUUGCUGAGGAGCUUCUCGUAAAACGGGGAAACAUCUACGCUGGUCGCCCUCAGAUCAGAGCCCUCUUCGACCACAAGACCAGCCCCGGGUACUUGGCGUUGAUGGAUCGUCAGGAUUACUGGAAAGAACAGCGCAAGUGGGUACAUGCUGCCAUGACCGACUUCCACCGACACCACUUCUACGGUGUAAUAGAGAACGAAGUCAAGCGAUACCUCGUCGUCCUCAUGCUCGAGCCAGAGAAGUUCCACGCCAACACCAGAGAGCACUGUGGACGUAUCAUGAGUCGCCUUGCUUGGGAUGAUGCCUCACAGGGCAAGGAGAACGGGGACAGCGCCGAUCGAACCCUCACACAGAUGUCGGUCUCCGGACCAGUCGUCAACACGAUGACACCACUCUGGUCCAUACCCUGGGCACUUAACCCCUGGAAGAAGUUCGAGCGGGCGCGGGAAGACCAGCAAAGAGCCUGGUGGCUCAAUUCCCUCCAGGUCGCCAAGCAGCGGUAUCUUCGCGGAGAGCUCCCAGUCGACACGUGGUCCUACAGGUACUUCAAGGGCAUACAAGCGAAGGGUAACCCCAACCUCGAGCAAGACCACGCAACGGAAGAGUUCGCCAGCUGCAUGUUGGGCUUCCAGAACCUGGUCGGCGUUAUCACAAUCUGUGGCCCCCUGCAAUUCUUCCUCAUGGCCAUGAUGCUGCAUCCCGAGUGGCAGAGAACAGCCCAGGAUGAAAUCGACCGGGUGUGCGGUAAUCGAAUGCCCACCACGGCGGACUUCGCCGAUCUGCCUACCGUGCGUGCGUGCUUGAAAGAGACUCUCCGAUGGCGGUCGGGCGUGCCUCUUGGUGUUCCUCACCAAUGUGAACAGGAUGACGAGUUCAUGGGCGAGAAGAUCGCAAAGGGUACCAUCGUCUUGGCUUGCGAAUGGAGUAUGAACCGUGUGGCUUCUCGAUACCCAGAUCCCGAGAACUUCCACCCUGAUAGAUACCUCGAGAAGUCGUGGCCAACGUACCAGGAGCCGCUCACCCGGUAUCCCAACUUCCGCGAAGGCGUCGGCAUGCACACAUUUGGCUGGGGUCGCAGGACAUGCAUGGGUCAGCACAUCGUUGACGACGAGAUGUUCGUGACGGGCGCUGCCGUGCUCUGGGGGUUCAACCUGAGCCAGAAGACAUGCCCUAAGACUGGGAAAGUCAUGGAGCUCGACUCUGAGGCCACCAACGCUCACGUUAUCUUGGAGCCGUUGCCGUUUCCUUGCGACUUCAAGCCCCGGAGUGUAGAGCGUGUCGCGCAGAUGCUGAAUGGGUAUGGAGACGUCAGGGACCAGCUUCGUGUGUAA